CACCUGACGGUAUCAGUCCGAUCUUCGACAUUAGUCCUCGCCUUUUAGUCGUAGUGCUGUGAUUUGUGUCCACUUCGAUAUUUUUUUUCUCAAAAAUUAACCAUUUUCAACAUUUGAAAUUUACAUUGAGUAGUACACAGUGCGUUAGCGAGUGACUAGCAAGUUAAAAUUAGCUACUAGAGGCUGAUCAACAUCACAUCCACACCGGGUCAAAGUUCAAGUUGCGAGCAGGAAAAAGAUGUCAGAGGGCAACAAAAAGCCAGACGCAGCUCCUGGCAAAAGUUCCGCCGACAAAGAACUGGACGACUUGCUAGACAGUGCUCUGGAAGAUUUUGGUAAGCACAAAGAGGAAAGUGGGAAACCAUCCGGAAGUACAGAAGCAUCACACGAUGAUCCCCCCACGGAGCAGUUGUGGAAUGAGGAAUUUAUUUCGUCCCAGGCCAAAAUGUUCGAGGAAAAGAUGGCAGCAUUGUUCGGAGGUGGAAGCGGAGAAGUGGACGCCGACCAGAUCACAUUAGGGUUCCAGAGAAUCGCAGAAGCAGCGGCGAUGGCCGUGCGGGGAGAACAAACCAAUCCCACUCCGGAAACGGUAGACCCAUCGAUCAGUCAGAGUAUUACCGAUGCCUUGCGGGGAUUGAGCGAAGGCCGUGAGAACCUCCAGACACCUUUCAGUCCUGAAGACAUUGCGGGCAUGUUCGGCAACAUCGAUCUUAACGAGGGCGGCGAGAAUAAUGCCUUUUUGCCAUUCAUGCAAACCAUGAUGCAGAGUUUGCUUUCAGCUGAGGUGCUUCUGCCGAGUUUGAAAGAUCUUACGGAAAAGUACCCUGAUUGGUUGCGGGAUAAUGGAGAAAAGAUUCCUAAAGAGGACAAGGAACGGUACGAAAAACAGCUCAAGCUGAUGGAGGACGUGUGUCGCGAGCUGGAGAAGGAGAAACCAGAAGAUUCAGCAGAGGAGAAACGGGUACGAUUCCAGACGGUGCUCGAUAUGAUGCAGAGCAUGCAGGAUCUCGGACAACCUCCGGCCGACCUCGUAGGGGAUAUCGGACCGGGCAACAUGAACUUGCCUACUAUAGAUCCAACCGCUUUCAGCGAUCCCAAUCAAUGCGCCACGAGCUAAUUGUUUGGUGUCGUCAUCCCGAUAUCUAAGUUGGUUUUAGUUUCAUUUAGCGAGAGAGCAAUGUAAUUCGUCCCAUACUUGAUGUGGGCAAGAGGCGGGGCUUCCGUACCGGUUGUCUUUGGUGUGGUACGGCGUUGUAUAUGGAAAUGGGUACCCUACGCAUUAUGUGUGCUAUUUUAGUUGCUUCCCAAAAUUUGCCUUUUCUUUUCUAUUUAGAACCUGUUUUGUAAUUGGUCAGGCAGUUGCCUAAGUGUGAUUGGAUGCAAAAUAUAUGAAUAUUUAUACUUUUAUGGAAAGUAAUAAAGAGAAAAAAUAUUAACAAUG